AUGACGAUGCUGCUGGACGGAGGGCCGCAGUUCCCGGCGUUGGGGGUGGGCGGCUUCGCGGCGCCCCGCCAUCACGAGAUGCCGGGCCGCGACGCCGCAGCUGCCGGCAUGGGGCUGGGCCCCUUCGGGGACUCCUCGCACGCUGCUGCCUUCAAGCUGAACGCGGCCCCGCACGACCUCGCCGCCGGGCAGAGCUCGGCGUUCACGCCGCAAGCGCCAGGCUACGCCAGCGCCUUGGGUCACCAUCACCAUCACCACCACCACGCCGGCCAGGUGCCCUCCUACGGCGGGGCCGCCGCCUUCAACUCCACCCGCGACUUUCUGUUCCGCAACCGCGGCUCCGGUAUAGCGGACGCCGCCUCCGGCACGGCGCAACACGGGCUUUUCGGCGGCUCCCCCGGCGGCUUACACGGCCCCGGCGGCAUCCCGGACACCCCGGGCUACCUGCUGUUCCCGGGGCUCCACGAGCAGAGCCCGAGCCACACGUCCCCCAACGGGCAUGUGGACAACGGGCAGAUGCACCUCGGGCUGCGCGGGGACCUCUUCGGGCGACCGGACCCGUACCGGGCCGUCUCCAGCCCCCGAACGGACCCUUACGGCGGCGCCCAGUUCCACAACUACAACCACAUGAACAUGAAUAUGGGCAUGAACGUGGCAGCCCACCACCAUCACCACCACCACCACGGCCCCGGGGCUUUCUUUCGGUAUAUGCGCCAGCCCAUCAAGCAAGAAUUGUCCUGCAAGUGGCUCGACGAGAGCCAGCUCAGCCGGCCCAAGAAGAGCUGCGACAGGACUUUCAGCACCAUGCACGAACUGGUGACCCAUGUCACCAUGGAGCACGUCGGGGGGCCGGAGCAGAACAACCACAUCUGCUACUGGGACGAGUGUCCGCGGGAAGGGAAGUCCUUCAAGGCGAAAUACAAACUGGUGAACCACAUUCGGGUGCACACGGGGGAGAAGCCCUUCCCCUGCCCUUUCCCGGGAUGCGGCAAGAUCUUUGCCCGCUCCGAGAACCUCAAGAUUCACAAGCGGACGCACACAGGUGAGAAGCCCUUCAAGUGCGAGUUUGAGGGCUGCGACAGGCGCUUCGCCAACAGCAGCGACAGGAAGAAACACAUGCACGUCCACACCUCGGACAAGCCCUACAUCUGCAAGGUGUGCGACAAAUCCUACACCCAUCCCAGCUCACUUAGGAAACACAUGAAGGUGCACGAAUCCCAGGGGUCGGACUCUUCCCCUGCAGCCAGUUCGGGCUACGAGUCCUCCACCCCCCCCGCGGUGGGCUCUGCCGGCAGUAAGGACUCCACUAAAACGCCGCCGGCCACCCUUCAGAGUAACCCCGGCCACAACCCUGGACUGCCCCCCAAUUUUAACGAGUGGUAUGUGUGAAGGCAGCUGCUGCCCGGCCACAGACUGGACCAAAUGCGUUGGGAACGAUGGAUAAAAAACAAUCCAGGACAAAACCAAGCCAACUGCAGCUCGCUCCCAUGGAAAUGGAGUUUCCACACCGAUGACCGCAUAGGGCUACACCUAGUUAAUGCCAGGAGCUGGAGGGGGGGGUGGCUUUUAUUAUUAUAUUAUAAUUAUUCCUAUUUUUUGCAAGCCCAGACGCUGGACUAGCCAUGUCCUUUUCUCAGGAUUAGAUUUCUCUUCCCCCCCCCCUUUUUCUUGUUGUCAUUUUUUGCAGUCGUCUCUUUGAUAUUUUUUUUUUCCCCCUCCUUACCUGAAUCCCUCUUCCUCUGAUUCCCCACUUUGGUUUUUUUCCUUUCCGAUUUGUUUUCGUUUUUCCUUCUUUCGGUGGGAUGUUGACAUGAGGAUGAAAAUUCUCCUUCGCCUUAGUGGUGAUUGUUGAAACUUACAGUCUUAAACCGUGCCAAAGUCCUGUUAUGUCUUGAACUUUCCUCUCUAGCUCUCCUGCUGCUUCUUUCUCUGCUCUCCUCCUCUUUCUCCUCUCUCUCUCUCCAAGCAUUACACUUGUGAAUGUAUUCUCGUCUGAUGGGGUCGGUCAGUAUUUUUCAGGAUGAGGAUGUGGUGUUUAUUCUACCCAGAUUGUGACGUUUAGUAUUAAACAGUUGCCUUUUUGUAAGAACUUUUUUUAUGUAAAUACAUACCCAUGAUGCCAUAUUUAUCGUUCGUAAUUUAAUUAUUGAUACAAAAGUGCCGGGAACUGAACAAUAUUUAUGGGGGAGAAAAAAAAAAAAUAAUUGUUUUCUAACAAAAAAAAAAUACAAACAGCAAAAAAAAAAAAAAAGGAAAAAAAUUAAUUCCAACUCUGUACAGCUUUUGGUUAUAACUGCUUUAGCAUUAAAAGUUUAUUGUUUUGGAAAGAGCCGUUUCUGACCUCCUCCGGGGGCCGUGGGGCCGUCGCGGGGCCGGUCGGGCGCUGCCGCCGGGGCCGGGCCGUUGUUUCAGCGCUGGCCACGCCGGGGGAAGCCGCCUCCUCGCCGCCGCUUCUUCUUCUCCUCCUGUCCCUUUGUCCCUGCCCAAGCGCUUCGCUCCCGUCACCUUCCCGAGCGGACCGAGCCCGGGGAGAGGGGCAACGGGGCCGCCUCGACGGGGAGAACGCGACGGUGAGUACCGGGGGUGCGGGACCGGCAGCGGGCUGCUCUUCAGGGGGGACCCCGGGGCGGCUUCCCGGCACGCUGGGCUUUCUCCGUUAUCGUCUGGUUUUGUUUUGGGUUUUUUUGGGGCUUUUUUUGUUCUUUAUUUCCAGGAUGCGGACAAACCUCCUCGGGAGUGGAAAAGAGACAUCGCGCUCGAGAAACAUCUCUGGAAGCCCCAAGCAGCCAAAGCGAUGGUGAACCCCCCUCCUCCGCCUCAGACCUCCGGCGCCCGGCGGGAUGCAGACGGGCUCCUGCCCCACGGGCCGCGGCCGCGUCCUCCCUCAGCCCGCACGUCCUGAGCCCGGCUCCGGGGGGAUGAAGGAUCCGCACCGCGGCCUCCGCACCUCCGCUGACCGGGAGACACCCCAGACGGCCCCGUCUUGAACUUGACUUCUGGGGUACUGCGGGAGGACGGGGCGGCCCGUCCCCUCCAGCUGGGGCCGCUCGGGUGAGCAGCCCCUGAAAACUUUGCAUGCUUUAGUAAUUGGGUUUGAACAAUUCUACCCUCUCCUCCAUCCAAAACAAACAAACAACAAAGUUAAUCAGACAGAAAAAAAAACUGUAAAAGUGGAUUGUAGCCUCUAGAAAAAAAAACCAAACCUAAUAUAUAUUUGAGCAACCUGCUCUAGAGGAAGGUGUCCCUGCCCGUUGCAGGGGGUUGGAACUGGAUGAGCUUUAAGGUCCCUUCCAACACAAACCAUUCUAUAACUCUAUAUUUUACACCCCGAUCCCAGAGAGGGUUUUUCGUUCCCCGCUACCCAGCAGGGCCCCUUAAACCAGUGCCCUCCGAGGUGCCCCUGCAGACACGGAUCUCCGCUGCUUUCCUGCUGUGAAGUCUCUCUCGCUGUGCACAGAGCCGAGCCCCGGGGCUGAACGCAGAGCGCUGCCGGGCCGGGCCCUUCCCGACGGGGCGAAUGGGGCCGCACCGCACUGCGGCGGGGAGAGGAGGAGCGGAGCCGGCCGGGGCAGUCGGGUUUUCGUCGGACACCCAACCUGGGUCGUGUCUGCGUCGCUCCGGACCGCGCCAGGCUUGGAAAUGUGCGGCAUCUGUUGCAGCCGGGAUACAUUCCUUGAUCGUUUCUGAGUCUGCAAUUAUUUCUCUGCCUGCCCAGUGUCCCGGAGAUGUGAAGUGAAGCUGCCAUGCUCUGCUGCUGAGCCCUGAAACUCCACACAGACAUUCAAUUUAAUCUCUUGGAACAGACUGCAUUAAAGUAGUGUCAUCAGUGCACACUUGUGAUAAAAAGACGACGUGAAGAAAGACAGUGAACUAAAAGGCCCUGCUUUGCUUUUCUGGGAAGAAAAUAGGAUAUCUGUCCCUUCAUUUGUUUCAUGGAUUCCCCGCAUUUAAAUUCAGGAGAAGGCUUCAAAUGUCUAAACUUUAUCCUGAGCAUUUUUUGUCAGUGCUGGAAAGGAAUACAGUGAAGUGUUCCAGGGGGAGUCUGAUAGAAAAAGCUAUGUGCAGUGUUAAUGAGUUGGGAUGGGGUCAUACGUUUUUCCGUACAGAGCCAGAAACAAAUACAGGACGUGAGGAGAAAGAAUCUGCAGGGAUCUGCUGAUCUGUGGCACAGGGUGAUUCUGAACUUCCACAGCCCCUCCAAAGACUGGCAGAAGGAUCGCGGGGGCUUUCAGCUUAAAGUGGUCCCAUGUGCUUCCACCCUGCUCCAUGCCAGGGCUCCAUGAAUAGCUGGUGCUGGAAGAAAUGACAAACGUCUUGGGUGCCACAAGAGAUUGCAUCAGCGUUACUGAUCCUCACUCGGCUGGUUACUGAAAAUGCAUCAAGCAGCUCUAUGGGUCAGGCUGCUAAAUUUGUAGACACGGAGUGUCAGGAAGCCUUUUUGUCAUCUUAGUACCGUUUAGUAUAUUUGUCCUCAAGUUCAAAGCAAUCCUGGCCUCAGACUUGUGAUAUUUUCUGCCCUUUCCCCUUUCUGUUGGCUCAGACCUCUUCCCUUUGAGGUCAACAUCAAAAUAAAGAUGUAUGUUUCC